AGCAGCAAGCCUGCUGAAUUAAAAACAAUUAAAACACGGUAGAAAUACAUUUAGACAACCCUUGUAUGACUCAAAAUCAAUAAUAAAGUAAUUUGUCAAUAUAGAUUCACGCGUCAUACUAUAAGGGUGUAAGGCGUUGUUUCAACACGGGCCCCAGUAGGAUUUCCGACGCUUAUGCGUCUUCAAAUUGCGCUUUAGCGUAGAUAUGUUCCUACACACGCAACAGCAGGGUGCUUUUUUGGCGGUUGUAGGCGCUGGGAUUGUUAUUUUAUUAAACGCUCAGAAAGAUCCGAGGAAGACAUCUCCUAUUAACACAUUUGGAUUUUUUAAAUAAAUAAACAUAGGAAAAUGGAUUCCAAUGCGGAUGAUACACGACAGGCGGCGCCAACAAAUUCACCGACACAUGUUGCGGUUAAAACAGAGCUUGAGGGUGGGUCGCCUCAGCAAGUCCAGCAACCAACUGUCAAGGCCAAUCAACCGUUGGGAUAUCAACAGGCCGAUCCAAAGCAGAUGUACUAUCAGCAGCAGUACAUGUACCCACGUAUGAUGGGCCAAAUGCAUCCACAACACAUGAUGCAGCAACAGAUGUUACAACAACAGAUGACGCAGCAACAACAAAUGGGACAUGUACAGCAGCCGCAAAUAGGUCAACAACAGGCACAACAACAAAUGCCGCAACAGGCGCAGCAGCCGGUUGGUCACCAACAACAACCUCACAUGGGACCGCAAGCACAAACCCAGAUGCCACAGCAGCAGGGACAGUCACAACAACCUCAGCAAAUGCAGUAUGCCAAUAUGAUGCGACAACAGCCUGGAAUGCAACAACAUCACCAGGGUACCGGGUGGUAUUACCCUAUGGGUGUCUAUAAUCAGCAAAUGAUGCAUCAACAAAUGAUGGCAAAUAACCAAGCUGCAAUGAUGUCUAAAUUUCUUCCGCAUUACAACGCAUACUUAAAUAGAUAUCAACAGAAUAAUGCAGAUGUUAAGCAGGAAAAUCCAGCUGCUCAGACUGAUGUCAAGGAGGAGAAUGGUGACCCAGCUCAACAACCAAUUGCUAAUGAAACUCAAGAAGGCGUUAAAAAAGAGGAUGGUGGUGCUGAAAAUCUCACAACAGAGUCAGACCAAACAGAACAACAACCUCAGGGGACACCGCAACAGCCGAUGCAGCCGGGACAACCUGGAACUGGGCAAUUCCCCAUGAGAUAUGGGAUGCAGGCGCCAUAUCCAUAUGGAAUGAAUAUGCAGAUGAACCCGAUGAUGUAUUAUCAGCAACCAAACAGACUUUUGGUUGGCAAUGCCAUUGAAGGAAUACCUGCUCUCAAAAUAGCCAACAGCCGUUUCCAAAAUGUUACACAAAUGCUCGAUGCACUUGCACAACAACCCAAAAAGAAACAACACAGAAGGAUGAUAUCGAGAUAUGAACAAGAUGAUGGUGAUUUUAAGAGCGUUGUUAACGAUUUCUUUUCGGCUGAUGGAAAGAAUGAAAAUAGUGAUGAUGAAUACCUAGUUGGUAGAUCGGUUAGAGACCUUGACCCAGGAUCUAUACGACGUAGUGGAAGAGCAAGGGUUAAAAAUUCACUGUAUGCUGAAUAUACAGAAAGCGAUGCAGACACAUGGGAUGAAUCCGUUACCAGGACAGCACCUCCAAUCCCUAAACAACCAAGGAAAAGGCGUCAGACAAACACAACAACGAGAAAAUCACACCAGCGAUCCAAUACUAAUCCAUAUUCUAAGAACAAUUACGUAAUGUAUGAUGACAGUGAUGAAGACGAAGAUGAGGACUCGGAUGAUGAAUAUUCGGAUACCCUUGGUGAUCUCGAUGGUGGCUCCGUUGCCCUUCGUAACAGAAAGAGGAGAGUUAACUACGCUGAAAUGGAACAUGAGGCGUGGAGCGGAGAAGAGGAUGAAGAUGACGGCGAUGAUGAAUAUGUAGAAAAACAACAAGGCGCUCUACCUGAAACUCUAGGCGGAAUUGAUCGUGUUAUUGAUCACCGAGUUAAUGAAGCCGGAGAAACAGAAUAUCUAAUUAAAUGGCAAGGAUAUGCUCAUAUACAUAACACGUGGGAUGUUUAUAGUUCACUAAAAGAUUAUCUGGGUAUUAAAAGGCUAGAUAAUUAUAUUAAGAAAAUGAAAGCACGUGAAGAACGGGCGCGCUUUUUGACACCUGAUGAAAUAGAGUAUGAAAACAUCGAUGUGGAACUGCAGAAAAGAAUAGAUGAGGAUGCCCUCAAAGCAGAAAGGAUCGUUACACAUUAUGUGGAUGAAGAUAGUGGUGUAGACUACUACAUGGUCAAAUGGAGAAGCUGUACAUAUGAUCAGUGUACAUAUGAAGAUGAGAAGGUCUUGACUGAGCAUGGGUUUGAUCAUCUCAUUAAAAGCUUCCGUGAAAGAGAGGAUCGUAUAUGCGGAGAGAUGGCGAAAAAGAUGCCAUGGAACACACAUUCACUCAGUUUAACAAAAUUCGAACCAUAUCACGAUACACCCACAUUUUUGGCUAAUCACGAAACGCGGAAGCUAAGGGAUUAUCAACUUAUCGGUGUUAACUGGAUUGUAAACAGAAUGAAACGCGGUUUGAGUGUUCUGCUAGCCGAUGAAAUGGGUCUUGGAAAGACAGUCCAGACGAUUACGCUGAUCGGACACUUCUUGUACAAGGAAGGCCUCAUUGGACCAUAUCUGGUUAUUGUUCCGCAAUCAACCAUAGAUAAUUGGAUGAGAGAAUUUGAAACAUGGCUUCCUCAGGCCAACGUAGUAUGUUACUAUGGUAAUGCGAAGGCACGUGAAAUAAUUCGGACUUUUGAACUAGCAAGAGUGCAUGUACCAGGAAAGGGGGAACGUUAUAGAUGCGACGUUUGUGUUACAACACCUUCAAUUAUCAAUGCAGCGGUGGACCUUGAGUUUUUACGUAGGAUUUCAUGGCAACUCAUGGUUGUGGACGAAGCACACCAGUUGAAGAACAGAAAUUCCAAACGAUUUGUCGAGCUCAGGCAAUUCAUGGCAGACUACAAGCUUUUGCUCAGUGGUACGCCACUACACAACAACCUCGAAGAGCUUUGGACGUUGCUACAUUUCAUCAAUCCCCAGAUAUACCCAUAUUACGAAGAGUUCCGAAGGAGAUACGCAGAUGUUGAAAAUGCCGCAGCCAUUGGAGAAAACAAACAGAAACAACUGCUUUCACUGCAGCAAGAGUUACACGAAAUGGUGCUGCGUAGAGUGAAGAAAGAUGUGGAAAAAUCGUUGCCAAACAAGGUGGAACGCAUUCUUAGGGUUGAAUUGUCACCCAUGCAAGUGGAGUGGUACAGAAACAUAUUAACUCGUAACUACGAUCAGCUCGCAAAGAACAGUGGAGGUUCAAGAUCUUCCUUGCAAAACAUAUGUAUGGAACUCAAGAAGGUCUGCAACCAUCCUUUCCUUUGCUAUGAACCCGUAGACCGACAAAGUUGGCUACAAGGUUUGGUUUAUGGUAGUGGUAAAAUAUGUUUGCUGGAUAAAUUAUUGGCUCGACUCAAGGAACGUGGCCACAGAGUGCUUAUUUUUUCACAGAUGGUACGCAUGUUAAACAUUAUAUCGGAGUAUCUCACCAUGAGAGGGUUCAAACACCAACGUUUGGACGGAACCAUGGGCAGAGAGGUGAGAAAGAAGGCAAUGGACCACUUUAAUGACCCCAAUAGUGAUGAUUUCUGCUUCUUACUUUCUACAAAAGCUGGUGGUUUGGGUAUCAAUCUUACUACGGCUGAUACAGUUAUUAUUUAUGACAGUGAUUGGAACCCUCAAAACGAUUUGCAGGCUGAAGCCAGGGCCCAUCGUAUCGGACAGACUAAAACCGUUCAAAUAUAUAGGCUAGUGACUAAAGACUCUAUAGAACAAACCAUUUUGGAACGUGCCAAAACUAAAAUGGUACUUGAUGCCCUUGUUGUGCAGGGGUUAAACAAGAAAGGUAAUGCUGUUGUUUUGGAUGAUGCUAAUUCCAAGUGCGGGUUCUCGCGAGAAGAACUUGCUAAAAUUCUCAAAUUCGGAGCAUCUAAACUUUGGAGCAAAGAUAAGACAGUUACUUCUCAGGAUGUGCCUAAGGACGAAAAUAUUGAUAUCGAUCUGGAUAAGGUUUUGGAAGAAGCUGAAGUUACUAACGAUGAUGGCUUAGCCUCGGACCUUCUCAGCACAUAUACAAAUAUCACAGAAUUCCGAUACGAACCUCCAGAAGAACAAGCGGGAAUUAAUGCCGACAAUAAUAAGGAAUUCUGGGACGCCACAAUUCCUCUAGAGGAGAGAGUUAAACUGAAGAAGAUGAAAGAAGAAGAAUUAAUGGUCCAGGGUCCACGUAGAACUAGAAACAAGGAUAUGAGAGGCAUGGAUAAUGAUGACUACUCUGAUGAUGAAACCGACGUGGACUUCCAGCCUAGGCGUGAAUCUAAGGCUUGGGAUGGUGAUGAAUCUGGAGGCGAUAAGAAGAACGGUAAGAAACGAGGUCAAAAGCGGUCGCGUAAGUUAGUCCUGACAGUAAAGGACAAGGUAAAGAUUUACCGGUCUUUGGGUAAAUUCGGUGCACCAGAGAUGAGAUUGACAGAUAUUCGUGAUGAUACUAAGUUGGUCAAGGUUGAUCUUAGGGUUAUACUCAAUGAGUGUCAAAACUUGAUUGACAUGUGUAAAACGAAGAUCAAUGAGAUGACGUACGAUGAGAAUGGUGAAAUUGUUCCGGAUACGGUGGCAGGUAAGAAGCGUUCAACCCGAUCAUUCAAGACAAUUGAACUUGGUGAUAUUAAGAUAGCUCCACUGGAGUUUAUUGAGAAGCUGAAGCUUCUAGAGUGCCUGGAAGAUUGGGGCCGUUCACAGGCGGGUCCUGGUUGGGCCACCUCUGACAAGACACUGGAGUUGCCGCCUGAAGUGAUGGAACAAUUUAGUGAUGCGAAGGACCCGUGGACUGCAGAAGACUGUGUAAACCUGCUGAAGAUGAUUCACAUCCAUGGUUAUGGAUACUGGACCCUAUAUUGCAAUGAUAAGACACAUUGUGUCGGGGCACUAGAAGGUAUGAAGCAUGAGAAGGCAAAGUUGAAAUCCCAGAGACUGCUUAAGAUACUUUACGAUGUAAGACAUCAUCUUGUUAAUUCAAAGCUGCCGGACCUACCCGUUUUCAUCGGUGCUCCGCAGCAAACUGCAAAAAAGAAUCAAAAGAUUGAAGAGUUGAACAUCGACGAUGACUCUGUCGUUGGUAAGGAUGAGGAUGAUGAAAGUAAUAUCGAAAUGCUCAUUACUAUGGGAAAACCAUUGAAGCGUGAACACUAUCCAGCAGCUGUAAAAUGGACUUUGAGAAAUGGAAAGGACCGACUCAAACGCAUCAAGUUACUCAAGGAUCAGGAUCCAAAAGGCCCCGAAUUUUUGAAAGAGGUUGAAGAGGCAUUACCAGAAAUCAGAUUAUACAUUAAUGCAGCUGUGGAGCAAUGCAAGGACCAAGCUACUGGCCAAAAACUUAAGUCUGCCUGCUGGCGAUUCGUCUCGAAAUUCACUUUACUGACUUUGGAGGAAUUGGAAAAGGAACCGCAGUGAGUUGUUACUGACGGUGGAACGCAUUGUUGGCACUGUUAUUUUGGCCCCAAUUUGCAAUUGUUUAUUCACUGUUGCCAUGUAUUUCAAAAGAUUACAUAUAUAAUUCUUCGUGAAAAGUUGGUUUUCAAAACACCAAUUUAACGAUUUGUUUUUUUGCUGGGAUGAUCUCAUUGUUUAUAUACAAAUCCUGUGGAGGGGUCACUUAUCACAUUACACCCUUUCAUGUAAGUUAAUCGCCUGUUCUUUUUUUAACAGUGAACUGAUAAAACAUUGAUUCCCUAAUGUUAUUUUAAUUAU